AUGACAAAAUCAAAAGUAUUAUUAGUUCUUUACCAAGGUGAUCAACACGCCAAAGAUCAACCUAAAUUAUUAGGUACCAUUGAGAAUGAACUUGGUCUUCGUAAGUUUAUCGAAUCUCAUGGAUACGAACUUGUAACCACUACCGAAAAGGAUCCAGAACCUUCAUCCAGAUUUGACACCGAAUUGGCCGAUGCAGAAAUUGUUAUCACCACUCCAUUUUUCCCUGCAUAUUUGACUCGCUCAAGAAUUGCCAAAGCCAAGAAUUUGAAGAUUGCCAUUACUGCUGGUGUCGGAUCUGAUCAUGUUGAUUUAGAUGCAGCCAAUGAACGUGGCAUUUCUGUUUUGGAAGUUACCGGAUCCAAUGUCCAAUCAGUUGCAGAACACGCGAUGAUGACUAUUUUGGCCUUGGUUAGAAACUUUGUUCCUGCCCAUGAAAUGUCUAUGCAAGGUAAAUGGGAUAUUGCUGGUGUUGCCAGAGACGAAUACGAUUUGGAAGGGAAAGUUGUUGCCACUGUUGGUGCUGGUAGAAUUGGAUAUCGUAUUUUGGAAAGAAUGAUUGCUUUCAACCCAAAGAAAUUGUUGUAUUUUGAUUAUCAAGAUUUACCACCACAAGCUGUUCAGAAACUUAAUGAUGCUUCUAAAUUAUUCAAUGGUGUUGACAAUAUUGUCGAAAGAGUUGAAAAUUUAGAAGAUAUGGUUGCCCAAGCUGAUAUCGUUACCAUUAAUUGUCCAUUGCAUGAAUCCUCAAGAGGAUUGUUCAAUAAGGAACUUAUUUCAAAAAUGAAGCCCGGGGCUUACUUAGUCAAUACAGCAAGAGGUGCCAUUUGUGUUGAAGAAGAUGUUGCUGAUGCUGUCAAUUCGGGCCAUUUAGGAGGCUAUGGGGGUGAUGUCUGGUAUCCCCAACCUCCACCAAAGAAUCAUCCUUGGGUUACUAUGAGAAAUCCAAAUGGUGGUGGUAAUGCUAUGACUCCUCAUGUUUCAGGAACUUCGUUGGAUGCUCAAGAAAGAUAUGCCAAGGGAGUUGAGAAUAUUUUGCAAGAAUAUUUCAACAAGACCUAUAACUACCGUCCACAAGAUAUCAUUGUUAUUGAUGGUGACUAUGCCACGAAGGCAUACGGUCAACGUUAA